AAAAAAGUAACGCCUGUCACUUUUCCUGUUCUGAGACAAGAUCAAAAGAUGGCUGUUGUGCGAGUCACUAGCCUUUUGUGUUUUUGCAUUUUUCUUUUUAUAUUUCAACAUAAGGCUAUCGCUGAUCCUGUUAGGUCUGAAAAGGAAGUAACGCAAAUUGUUCUUGUGGGUGCUACCGGGGAUUUAGCCCGCAAAUAUCUAUGGCAAGGUUUCUAUAAUUUGUACCUGGAACACGAAAGCCCGAGUGUAAAGCUACAGUUUUACGCAGCUGCGAGAAUCGAGAGAGAAGCUGGUUCAAAAAAGAUUAAAGAAAUACUCCAACAGUCCGUUAAAUGUAUCAAUGAUGACGAUAACUGCGAAUCUAAGCUGGCUGCAUUCAACUCUCAAGUAAUCUACCAUAAGCUUAAGGUAGACGAAGACUACAAUGUGUUGUGCAGGAUUCUCAAUAAAGAGGAGCCUUCAGACAAGGGAGGUCGUUUAUUCUACUUGUCUGUACCCCCCUCCGCAUAUAGCUCAAUAGCUAAAAGUAUACAUUCACAUUGCAGGCCUUUGAAUGACCAACAAUUCUUGCGGGUAGUUUUUGAAAAGCCCUUUGGUGAGGAUUUGUCAUCUGCAAAAAAGCUUGCAAAAACCCUUGCUGAGUAUUUUCAAGAGGAGGAAAUCUUCCGCAUUGAUCAUUAUCUUGGUAAGACAGGAGUUCAACAAAUACUGAAGUUCCGAGCUGAGUUAGAUGAACAGUAUGACCAACUAUGGAACAAAAAUCAUGUUGACCGUGUGGAGAUUGUAUUGAAAGAAAAAGACAACUGCAAAGGCAGAACAAGGUUUUACAAUCAGUAUGGAGUCAUACGUGAUGUGAUGCAAAAUCACAUGACUGAGCUAAUGCUAAUGGUUGCUAUGGAAAUGCCAAUCAAUCUGAGUAGUAUCAGUGAUGUUCAGAAAAAGAAACAGAAAAUCCUUAGUGAUAUAAGACAACCUAACCGGCAUAGUUCAGUUAUUGCACAGUACAAAGAUUACAGAAAACAUUGUGGAAAUGAGAAAUGUAGUUCAAAUCAAAAUAUACAGACACCGACAUUUGCUGUUGUUAAGCUUUAUGUCGACAAUGCAAGGUGGCGUGAUGUUCCAUUCAUUUUUAUAUCUGGAAAAGAUCUUGAUGAGAGAACUGCAUAUAUCAGAGUAGUAUUCAAAAACCAAGACUAUUCUGUAGGACACUCCCAGUCAGAGCAGUGCCCUAUCAGCCAGGUUGUGUUUCACAUUCAAGGAGGAAGUCUUGCUAGCCCAGCACUAGUAGUUUCUAACAAUUUGCCGCAAAUCUUGAAAUUUUCUGACUGGAAUUUGAUACAGCCAGAACAUGUUUUAUAUGGAUGCCAAGGUAAUAAUAACCAAGUAUUCACUCCAACUAAAAGUCAUGAUGCUUAUAGUGUUUUGAUCAAUGGUGUUUUUAAUGGCAAGCGGGAUAUGUUCAUUGGAACAGACAAUCUGCUUGCUUCAUGGAGAGUUUGGACACCAUUGAUUAACCAGCUGAACAGUCAGUUACCAAAGCUCUAUGACAGAGAUCAUCUUGGUGUACUAAAUUUCACACUCAAAGGAAGAGGAAUCUUAUUUACACAGAAUACCCUAGAACAAGAUUAUAAAUUUGAUGAAAAUAAAGUAUUUCUGGGGAAGCCCCUUGUGUCAGGACCAUUGGAAGUUGUCAUCAGUAAGUUAGCGAGAAGAAUCAUCAAAUGUGCUGAUGAUGCAGUAUCACGCCAAGGAGUGUUCCACAUGGCCCUUUCUGGUGGUUCUAGUCCCAUACCAUUGUUUGAUGAGCUUGUGGUCUCCCACCCUGAGAUCCCCUGGUAUGCUACACAUGUGUGGCUGGUGGAUGAGCGGUGUGUCGCACUAACUGACUCUGCAUCAAAUUUCAAAUCAAUUCAUGAUAACUUACUGCAGCAUGUGCAGAUCCCAUUUUUUAACAUUCACCCAAUGCCAGUGAGCCUAAAGAAAAGCUUCUGUCAUGAAACAGAUGAAGGACCUGAAAUAUAUGAACAACAAAUGAAAUCACUACUUGUCAAUCAAACCAUGGAUUUUGUACUGCUGGGUGCAGGUACGGAUGGUCAUGUUGCCUCACUUUUCUCUAACAGUCCCUCUCUUGACCAGACCUCAGCAUGGGUUGCCAUUUCACACAGCAUGAACCUUGAACCUAAGGGUAAACGAAUGACUUUCACUUUGGACUUCAUCAACAAUGCUAAAGAGAUUGCUGUUCUCAUUCAUGGAGAAAAGAAAGCAGCUAUUGUUAGAAAGAUUGGAUACAGUCAGGCAAGUCCCCAAUUACCGGUGAUGCUAAUUCAACCAAAGCAUGGUAAAUUAGUUUGGUACAUUGACAAUAAGUCAUUAGAGCAAGAAACCAAAGACAUUACCCAUACAGAGCUUUAGAUGAUCAUAUUUAGAUUAUCAUUAGCAAGCCUUCUAGAUUUGUUGUGCACAUGCCACUGUAUAAUGCAGCUGUUUGAUUGUAUAAAAAACAUGUAGUAACAUGGCAUCCAAACCAAUAAUAUCUCAAUUUUUAUUUAA